AUGAAAUAAAUAAAUUAGCUAAGAAUGAGAGAAUUCCUAAAGAUAUUGCUGAUUAUUGAGAAGAAUAUUUAAUAUUUGAAUAGGUCAUUUUUAAUUUAGAAAAAGACUCUUAUUAUAUUGAUAUAGAAAAGAAAUUAUUUGAAGAAUUAAAGCAUUGGAAAUUUCGAUAGUAGAAGAAACUUACAAUCAUAGAAGAUUAUGAGAUAUAUGAUAGGCAUCUAAAUGAGUAAUUUAGUAUAAAAGGCUAUUUAUUAAUUUUAUUGUCAAUAGAGCUUUUAAUAAAAUAUUUUAAAAUGA